UCGAACUCCGAUCUGGAACGGAAGUCCAAGGACUUAGCCACUUCCGCUAACUACGUCGUUGUUUGUGGAUAUAAUAUCUUCACCGCUGUUCUGGUCCAGAAGGCCAAAUAGCGACAGAAUCAUGUUGCGUCUGCCAAAUGUUGGGCGAGCUCUGGCUGGAGCCACCAAGGGCAGCAUGGCUCCAUCCUACACCGUGCGGACUAAUGUGCGUGCUGCCAGCAACAUGGUGGAGGUCUUUGUUGAUGGGAAACCAGUGGAGGUGGAACCUGGUACUACUGUUCUACAGGCAUGUGAAAAGGUAGGAGUCCAGAUUCCAAGGUUCUGCUACCACGAGCGCCUCUCGGUGGCUGGAAAUUGUCGCAUGUGUCUCGUAGAGAUUGAGAAAGCUCCAAAGCCGGUGGCAGCCUGUGCCAUGCCCGUCAUGAAGGGCUGGAAUAUCCUCACGAACUCAGAGAAGACUCGAAAAGCCAGAGAGGGAGUGAUGGAAUUCCUGUUGGCCAACCACCCAUUGGACUGCCCAAUUUGUGAUCAGGGAGGAGAAUGCGACUUGCAGGAUCAGUCCAUGCAGUUUGGUUCCGACCGCAGUCGUUUCACAGAAAAGAAGCGAGCAGUGGAAGACAAGAACAUUGGACCGCUUAUCAAAACAAUCAUGACUCGCUGCAUCCAGUGUACACGCUGUGUCCGUUUUGCCAGCGAAAUUGCUGGAGUUGAAGACUUGGGAACUACAGGAAGAGGGAACAACUUGGAAAUCGGGACUUAUGUGGAGAAGAUGUUCAUGUCAGAACUGUCGGGAAACGUUAUUGAUAUUUGUCCUGUCGGCGCUCUCACCUCCAAGCCGUACGCCUUCACCGCACGGCCAUGGGAGACGAGGAAAACUGAGUCGAUUGACGUGUUGGAUGCCGUGGGCAGUAACAUUGUCGUGAGCACGAGAGGAGGGGAGGUGAUGAGGGUGCUGCCCAGGCUGCAUGAAGACAUUAAUGAAGAAUGGAUCUCUGACAAGACCAGGUUUGCCUAUGAUGGUCUGAAGAGGCAGCGGUUGACUCAGCCACUGGUCAAGGAUGAGUUGGGUCAACUGACUCCAGCCAGCUGGGAGGAUGCGCUGAUUCGCGUUGCUGGAGCGCUGCAAAGUGUACAGGGCAGCGAAGUGGCAGCCAUCGCCGGAGGCAUGGCAGAUGCUGAAGCUCUCAUCUCCCUUAAAGAUCUCCUCAACAGGUUGAACUCAGAAAGCCUCUGCACUGAGGAGGUCUUCCCUAUGGCUGGAGCUGGCACUGAUUUGCGGUCCAACUACCUGUUGAACUCCCGCAUCGCCGGCAUUGAGGACUGUGACCUGCUUCUGCUGGUUGGGACUAAUCCACGUUUUGAAGCCCCGUUGUUUAAUGCCAGAAUCCGCAAGAGCUGGCUUCAUAAUGAGCUGCGCGUUGCCCUGGUUGGUCACAAUACUGACCUGAGCUACACCUAUGACCAUCUUGGAGAGGAGACAUCUGUGCUGACAGAACUGGCCAAUGGAACGCAUCCAUUCUGCCAGGUCCUCGCAGCUGCAAAGCGCCCGGUCGUCGUGGUGGGCAGUAGCGCUCUUCAAAGAGAAGACGGUGCUGCCAUUUUGAGCUCAGUGUCCACCAUUGCUCACAAUGCCAGAACCAGCAGCGGAGUGGAGGAAGGGUGGAAAGUUCUCAAUGUCCUGCACAGAGUGGCCAGUCAAGUCGCGGCUCUGGACCUGGGCUACAAGGCGGGUGUGGAUUCCAUUAGGGCAAACCCACCCAAAGUCUUGUUCUUGCUGGGUGCUGAUGGCGAGUGUGUUACCCGAGCUGACCUUCCAAAAGGCAGCCUCAUCAUUUACCAAGGUCAUCAUGGUGAUGUUGGCGCAACAAUGGCGGAUAUAGUGCUCCCCGGUGCUGCAUACACCGAGAAAAAUGCCACCUAUGUCAACACGGAGGGGAGGAGCCAACACACACGGGUAGCUGUGACGCCGCCGGGAAUGGCCCGAGAAGACUGGAAGAUCAUCAGAGCUGUAGCGGAGCUGGCAGGUGUGACGCUGCCCUACGACUCCCUGGACGAGGUCCGAUCCAGACUUGCUGAGGUGUCUCCAAACUUGGUGCGGUAUGAUGACGUGGAAGAGGCAAACUAUUUCAAGCAAGCAAACGAACUUGCGAAGGGAGUGAAGCAGGACCUAAUCGCAGCUCCUCUGAUACCACCUCAGCUUUCAAUAAAGGACUUCUACAUGACAGACUCCAUCAGCAGAGCCUCACAAACAAUGGCCAAGUGUGUGAAAGCCAGCACAGAAGGCGCCGCCUCUGUCGAUGAGCCCUCCAUUUGUUAAACACCAACACGUGUCCCUACACUCUUCAGUCUAUUAAAACAAUCCACACUUCUGUAAACACAGUAUUGCAGCAUUUAAUUUAAAUAUGUCCUUGUCGUUGUAGCUACCUUGAUUGUUUUCACUCCUGAGAGCAAGCUUUGUUGGGAUGGGGCUUUGAAAAAUGUACAAAAUGAAUAAAAUAUUAUCCAGACUGUU